GAAGAAAGCUAUAACUCAGUCUCUAUUACCAUUGCGUGUUCAAAUUUACCCACUUCUUCAAUAGUUUCUUCAGAAUGCUUCGACUAGACGGCAAAGUCGCGCUUAUCACCGGCCUCGGCCAGACCACCGACGAGGGCUGGGGCAUCGGCGCCGCCAUCGCCAUGAAGCUCUCCCAACAAGGCGCGAUCAUCUUCGGUGGCAACCGCUCAUUAUCCAGUGCCGAGCGAACCAAAGCCCGAAUUGAGAAAGAGGGAGGAAAAUGCGAAGUCCAAGAAACAAACGUCACUGAUUCCACCUCCGUGAAGGCCCUCGUGGAUAGUUGCAUGCAACGCCACGGGCGCAUCGACAUUCUAAUCAACAACGUGGGAAAAUCCGAACCAGGUGGUCCCGCCGAAAUGAGCGAAGAAACAUGGGAUCAACAAGUCGACCUGAAUCUGAAAAGCGUUUAUCUGACCAGUCAUUACGUGCUUCCUAUCAUGGAGAAGCAGGAGACGGGCGGCACGGUAAUCAAUGUGUCAAGUAUUGCCGGGCUGCGGUAUAUCGGGAAGCCGCAGGUGGCAUAUUCCGCUACAAAAGCAGCCAUUAUGCAGUUUACAAAGGCCACUGCGGUGAUAUAUGCACGAAAGGGAGUGAGGUUGAAUACGGUUGUUCCGGGGUUGAUUUAUACGCCGUAUACUCGGGAGCUUGCGAAGCGGUAUGCGCCUGGGGGUGAUGAGGCGGCAUAUAUGAAGACGCGCGAUGAGCAGGUGCCAAUGGGGCGCAUGGGAAAUGCUUGGGAUGUGGCUAAUGCUACGGUGUUUCUAGCAUCGGAUGAGGCACGGUAUAUUACUGGGCAGGAGCUGGUGGUGGAUGGUGGUAUUACUUCUUCUACGGGGAGAGUGUAAAUAG